UUAGUCAGUCGCGGCGAUAAAGGCUAGCGAGACGGCUUGUCUGCUUGUUCCCGGUUUUCUCGGGGUUGUUUAUCCGGCUGGGGGUAGUUAGCGCGGCGGAGUGGCGCCCCGCGGCAGUGCCUCUGUAGCCCGCCCAGCGAUGGGACGCUCCACGCCCGCCCAACUGUUCCCUAUCGCCCGCGUACGACCUCAACAACACAGGUGAACCGCGCGACCAUAAAAAGGACAAUCAUCUAAUGUGACUCGGACAAAAUGACUCCUUUUAUACAUUUAUAUUGUGUUAUAUGGAUAGAGUUACUGACUGGCUGCUGCACCACCACAGGUCGGGAAUUACCCACCGGGCAAAAUGUAGUGUCUGUAGCACCUAUAGAAGUUCCCGAUGAAUCGAUGUAUCCAAGGUUUGCUGAACCAAUACCAAAUGUGACGGUGACUGUCGGCCGGGACGCACUGCUUGCGUGUGUCGUGGAUAAUCUAAGAGGAUUCAAGGUAGCAUGGGUGCGUAUGGACACUCAGACAAUCCUGAGCAUCCACCACAACAUAAUAACGCAGAACGCGCGCAUCAGUCUGUCGUACAACGACCACCGCUCGUGGUACCUGCACAUCAAGAACGUGCAGGAGGUGGACCGCGGCUGGUACAUGUGCCAAGUCAACACUGAUCCCAUGCGCUCCAGGAAGGGGUACCUUCAGGUGGUUGUGCCACCAUCAAUCAUCGAUAAUAUGACGUCAACGGAUAUGGUGGUUCGGGAAGGCUCUGACGUCACCUUGGUGUGUCGGGCUUCAGGGUACCCUGAACCUUAUGUCAUGUGGAGGCGAGAAGACGGACAAGACUUUAAUUAUAAUGGAGAAUCAGUUAGCGUAGUGGAUGGAGAGACGUUGACAAUAACAAAGGUUUCUCGGUUACACAUGGGUGCUUACCUGUGCAUAGCAUCUAAUGGGGUGCCACCUUCGAUUAGUAAACGGAUCAUGCUUAUGGUUCAGUUUCCACCAAUGCUGGCGAUACCAAAUCAGCUGGAAGGUGCAUAUAUAGGACAGGACGUGACGCUGGAGUGCCACACAGAGGCGUAUCCCUCCUCCAUUAACUACUGGACCACUGACCGCGGAGAUAUGAUUAUUUCCGGAGGCAAGUACGAAGCAUUCCCGAUGGACAGUGGUUACAACAAGUUCAUGAUGCUGAAGAUCAAGAACAUCACCAAGGAAGAUUUUGGCUUCUACAAGUGUAUCGCGAAGAACUCGUUGGGAGAAACAGACGGGAUCAUCAAACUUGAUGAGAUACCGGCUCCACCGUCGGCCUUCACGACUACACAGAAAACAGUGUUAGACAAUCAAACAAUUAGAAAGAAAGGUUUGCCGCAAAUCAGCGAAAGUAGUGACGCAGUUAGCUCCAACUUUCAAGGUGAAAUGUACGGCGAACCGCUAAGUGAUUUCGGUGAUGGCUUAGAAAACUCAGCGAGUUUCCGCCAAGUAAAUGCCGUGUUAGGUUUCACUUUAAUUUGUCAAGUGAUAAUCAUAGCGAGGUAUAUUUUAUUUUCUUGAUAUUUGUAAUAUCGUGGUGAUAAAUUAAUUUAUUUUUGUUGCUAGUUUUAAUUUUUGUUAAUGUUUUCUUAAGCUGACCAGACAAUAAAUUGUUCACAUAGUUGAAUACAUAAUUUAAGUUAAUUCUCAUACAGGAUUAAGUGAUUUGCCAAGC